AUGAUGUUUGGAAAUGUUGUUCCAUUGACAACAGUCAAUGCUGCACAAGUAUUACCUGGUACUGUUCUACAAACUGGAAAUAUUUUACCAACAACUACAGUUGGAAAUAAUGAUGUAGUUAUUAUACAAGAUACAACAAAUCAAGCUGAAUUAAUAAAUCAAUUACAAAAUCAUAUUAAUGAAAAUCAACAAAUUCUGAUAAUUACAGAUGAUCAAGGACAAGAUCAAUAUAUUAUCAUUGAUAAAGAUCAAGAUAUUAAUGCACUUUUACAAGAUGGUUCUCUAUUUAAUCAUUAUACAGAACAACAACAAUUCGCUCAAAUAUCUACUGGUUUACAACAACAAAUUUUACAAAUAGCAUCAAUGCCAACAAUUCAAACAGCACAUACUUCAUCUGUUGUAUCAACACCUGUACCAAUACAACCAAAACCAACACCAAAACCAAUAGCACCUGCUACAAUGAAUCCAUCACUUAUACCACAUAAACAAUCAUUUCAAAGCAAAGUUAAUGCAAAUGCAUUUCAUAUUCAAAAUGUUGAAGAAUCAAUUCAACGUGUUACAGCUCCACCACCAAAACGAAAACCAAUUGAAAUUCGUUAUGAUCCAAAAGAUAAUUCUUUUCAUAAUGCAUUUUUAAAAUUUCUUGCCGGAGAAAAACCACCAUCAUUAGAAGCUAUAGCUAAUGAACCAAUUAUACGUAAACCAAAAGAUAAUAUUUAUAUUGGUGCUGUUAAUGCUGGUAUUAUUCUUAAUUCACUUGCACAACAAACUGGUACAAUGGGUUAUCAAACAUAUAUAGUUAAUGAUGAAUCGCGUAUGGAAGAAAUAAUGGUUAUUGGACGACCAUUAUAUGAUGAUACAAAAGGUGUUAAAAUAAAUCCAUUAUUAAAAAAUCUUCCAACAAAUAAUCAAACAACAAAUUUUGUACCACAAUCAAUAACAUUAACACCAAAUUCACAACAACAAAAUGAUAAUCAACAACAACAACAACAACAACAAUAUAUUAAUACAUUAACUGAUUUAUUUCGUAAUGCACAAACUGUACCAAAUAUUCUUAAUAAUUCUACAACAAUUACAUUACCUCAAGAUAUACUUAAUCAAUUAAGUGCUGGUACACUUACAUUAACACAAACAUCUAAUGGAACUGAUGCUAUUGAGUCGGCAACAGCAUCAGCAGCUGCAAUACUUAGUCAAUUAAAUGAAAUGGUACAAGAACAACAACAACAACAACAACAACAACAAACUAAUCAAAAUACAAUGAAUUAUAUUUCUAAUGAAUUACUUUCUACAACUAAUUCAAAUAGAAUACAAAGUGAAAAGGCAACAACAGAUGCACUGUUACUUGCAGCAUUGUCUAAAACAAAUAAUACAAAUAAAUCUCAUGAAAUUCAUCAACCAUCAUUGACAACAAUUCAAUCGGAUAAUACAAAUUCAUCAUCAACGGCUACUACUACUGCUUUAUACGAUAGUAAGCAUGAACAAUUACAAUUAGCAAAUGCUGCUCUUCAGCAACAAGUAAUUGGUGAACAUUCUCAAUCAACAACAUCUACUGAUAAGCAUCAACAAGAAACAUCAGUAUCUACAGCAAUGAAUCAAUCGAUUGCAACAACUACCGAAGGAAAUCAGUUUGCAGAUGGAGAAAUGGGACCUGAAAUUCCAUUUGAAAUGGGUCAAUUUUUAUUAUAUAAAGGACAUUUUCUGAAUUUACUUCAUUUUCCAAUUUGGAAAGUACAUACAAAAACACUUUUACUUAAAUAUGAUACUGUACUUGCUGAUUCUGAAAUAGCAUGGGAAGCAACAGAUGAAGGAAUGUUUUAUACGAAUGUUUAUGAAGAUUAUGUUCCACUUAAAUGUGAACUUAAAGGUUUACAUAAUAAUCAAGAAGUUGUUCGUAUUAUCAAUGAAUCACAUCCAAUUAAACUUAAAAUUCAUGGUCAUAUGAGUUCAGUACGUAUUCAACAUGAUGUUUAUGCUCAAGUACUUGUUAAUCAUGUUUAUGAUGCUGAUGUAUUACCAAGAAUUAAAGCCAAUACUGAUGAAUAUGCAACAUAUAUUCGAUUGAUCGAUGAAAUUCUUGAACAACGUUAUAAUUAUGUUAUUCAAUCAAGACGUACAAUAGAAACAUUUCCUUGUGCAGUUGCUAAAUAUCCAUUACUUGAUAUUAUAGCUCAACCUCAACGACAAUUACAUUGUCAAGUUACAGAAGAUAAAUCACAAUCAGUUUCACAUACAUUACGUUUUCAUGGUAAUCAAUAUGAUGUUGAUACAUUAAAAGCAAGUGAAACACCAUUACAAAUAUUAGAAAUCUUUGUUUGUGAAAAUAUUGCUAUUUUAGCUCAAACAGCUCAUCAACUUAAACAUCAUGUUUAUCAUAUGUUUUGUCAUGCACAACAAAAAGUUGCUGAAUUACAAGCAUUAAAUCCAACAGCCGAUGCAACAGAAUUAAUUAGUGCUAUAUGUGGUGAUACAACAUGGUUACAAGAAUUAUUCGAUCGAUUUGAUUCGAUAAUGCAACAAGCUGAUACAUAUAUUUUUUCAAAUGUUGAUAUAGCUUGGUAG